AUGCCAACCAGCCGUGGCUGUCGUCCAAACCUACCUGCAGGGACAGCAGCGGAGCUUGUGGCGGAGUUUGCAGCGGAGCGUGGCUGUCUGCUCAGGUGUCCGGUCAUAGCCGAGCCUGGCUGCUUCGACCAGGAAUUCACGUGCGAACGAUGCUGUGACACAAGGGCCAUUCCCAUCGGGGAGCUGAGCUGUUGGAUGGGUGACAUCCGCUUUGCGACCUGCUGUGGCCUCACCAAGCUUCGCUUCCAGGCUGCCGCAAUGCUUCCUGCAAUGGAUCACCUUUCUGGACCUCCAGCCACUUGUCCUCCAAAUGCACAGGCUCAUUGCUUUGAUCCCUACUUCCCUUGCGAGAGGUGUUGCGACACUCGCAGAGGCGCUCAGGGCGACCUUGCAUGCUGGCCGGACACGGCGUCGAUGGGCCUGCGGACACUCAGUUACAACUUCUGCUGCGGGUUGAUGCCGUUUGCCAGCAAUGAGCGUGUCGCUUGGUAG